AUCUGAUAGCUUUGCUCCAUCUGAAAACUGUUAAGAUUCUUUUUUUUUUCUUCUGAAAUUUAUAUGAAUCCCCAAUUUCAGACAAUUCCUCGAGGAUCUCAGAUUUAGCUCAAGACAUAUAGUGAGCGAAAGGAAAAGUCUUUUUGGGUCCAUUAUUAGGAGUUUCUUUUCCUCGGGAGAGACACCCGUUUCGAACUCUCUGUCCAUUCGUCGCACUAUUCGGUAUAAUUGCAUAACAAACCUUAGUCCUGAUUCUCUGAAUUUUCCAACCGUUUCCUCUGCUCCGUGGAUUGGGCAACGAAAAUGGCGGCUCUCGGACAGAGAACUGUCCGGGAUUGCGUGAUUGAGCAGACAAAGAUUGCCCAAGAAAAGGGCAUCGACCCGCUUCUUUGGGCGGCUCAGUUGUCGGCGAGCUUGAACACGACGGCGGAGCUUCCGUCGCCGGAGACGGCGGAGGCGCUCGUCUCGUACAUUUGUUGGGACAACAACGUCCCUAUCCUCUGGAAGUUUCUAGAAAAAGCCAUGGCUUUGAGGCUCGUCCCUCCUUUGCUCGUUCUUGCUCUGCUCGCUGACAGAGUUCUUCCAAGUAGGCAUUCCCAGCCAGCUGCUUAUAGGCUUUACCUGGAACUCCUCAAGAGACACGCUUUCACCAUUAAAAACCAUAUCAACGAGCCUCAUUACCAGAAGAUCAUGAAAUCAGUAGACAAUGUUCUUCUUCUGUCAGAGAUUUUCGAUCUGGAAACAAGCGAACCCGGUAUACUUUUGGUAGAGUUCAUCUUUGUGAUGGUGUCAGAAUUGGUAGAUGCAUCAUUAAGCGACGAGGGUUUAUCAGAUCUACUAAUAAGCCAGGACAGGAAACCUAAACCGCUAAUCAAGUCCCGAGAAAUGGAAAUAGAUGUGGUUGAGAGAUACGAUGAGAAGAGAACGGAAUAUCACGAGAAGCUGCAGAGUUUAAAUACUGCCAUGGCUAUAGAGAUGAUCGCUGAGUUCUUGAGGAAUAAAACGACCUCGAGACUACUUUACUUGGUCUGCCAGAACAUGCCCUCGUAUUGGCAAGGGUUUGUUCAAAGAGUACAGCUACUGGGUGCCCGUUCAUCCGCUAUAAAAAGUUCAAUGGUUAUAAACUCGGAUGUUCUUCUGCAUUUGAUCUCGGAUAGACGGUUUGCACUUUCAUACGACAGCAAACCAAAUCCGUUACUGAAAUCCGACACGAUAGUGGAUUUCGGAUCUUUGGCUUCCUUCACCGGUUUAUGCCAUGGAGCAAGUCUCUCUUCACUCUGGCUCCCUCUUGAUCUUGUGCUUGAAGAUGCUAUGGAUGGAUACCAAGUGAGUGCGACAAGUGCGAUCGAGAUAAUAACGGGUCUGACCAAAAUACUCAAGGCCAUUAACAGCAGUUCUUGGCAUGACACAUUCUUGGCCCUUUGGAUAGCAGCUCUCAGACUUGUUCAAAGGGAAAGAGAUCCUAUCGAGGGACCUAUUCCUCGGCUGGACACGAGGCUCUGCAUGUUAUUGUCUAUUGUACCUCUUGUGGUUGCCAACCUUAUAGAAGAGGAAGAGUUGCUAAUGGAUGAAGAGAACUGUCCUUCUACUAACCAUUGGAAAGAUAAGAAAGACAUUAGAAAGCAUCGGACCGAUCUCAUUACAAGUUUGCAGGUCCUCGGUGAUUUCCCGGGAUUGCUGUUUCCUCCCCAGUGCGUUGUUUCCGCUGCCAACCAGGCAGCAACGAAAGCAAUGCUGUUUAUGUCUGGCAUCAAUGUUGGAAACGCGUAUUUUGAUUCCAUCAACAUGAAAGACAUGCCUAUCAAUUGCACUGGAAACAUGCGCCAUCUGAUAGUCGAGGCUUGUAUCGCGAGGAACAUUCUGGAUACAUCCGCUUACUUGUGGCCUGGCUAUGUCAAUGGCCAGGUCAACCAAAUUCCUCACAGUUUACAAACCGAAGGACCGAACUGGUCAUCGUUCGUAAAAGGGGCCCCGCUUAAUGCCGCGAUGGUGAAUGCACUGGUUUCAGUCCCUGCUUCGAGCUUAACAGAGCUCGAGAAGAUAUUUGAGGUUUCGAUCAAAGGAUCGGACGAUGAGAAGAUAUCUGCCGCUACCAUUCUUUGUGGAGCGUCUCUUACUCGGGGUUGGAACGUUCAGGAACACACGGUUCAGUUUAUUACUAGAUUACUGUCUCCGCCCGUUCCCGCGGAUUAUUCUCGGGCUGAAAAUCAUCUGAUAGGUUAUGCCCUGAUGCUAAAUGUUCUCAUUGUCGGGAUAGGAUCCGUCGACUGCAUUCAGAUCUUCUCGUUACACGGCAUGGUUCCUCAACUUGCUUGCUCGUUAAUGCCGAUUUGUGAAGAAUUCGGAUCGUACACUCCGAAUGUCUCGUGGACUCUUCCUUCUGGAGACGAGAUUUCGGCCCAUUGCGUUUUCUCGAACGCUUUCACUCUCCUUUUAAAGCUAUGGAGAUUCAAUCAUCCUCCUAUCGAACAUGGAGUAGGCGAUGUACCAACAGUCGGAUCGCAGCUAACUCCCGAGUAUCUUCUUUUAGUCCGAAACUCGCAUCUCAUGUCAUCUGAAAACGUUCAUAGAGAUCGAAACAGGAGGAGACUUUCUGAAGUUUCGAGGUCAUCGUCUUCUAAACCCAUUUUCGUCGAUUCGUUCCCGAAGCUGAAAGUAUGGUAUAGGCAGCAUCAGAGAUGCAUAGCCGCUACGCUCUCUGGCCUUACGAACGGAUCUUCCGUUCACCGGUCCGUUGAAUCACUUCUCAACAUGAUGUUCCGAAAGGUUAACCGAAGUGGUCAGGCUUUGAAUUCGGUUAACUCGGGUACCAGUAGUUCUUCCGGAGCAGGAAGCGGAGAUUUCAGUUUAAGGCCGAUGCUUCCUGCUUGGGAUAUUCUCGAAGCCGUUCCAUACGUGGUUGAUGCUGCAUUGACGGCCUGCACUCACGGAAGACUUUCUCCUCGUGAGCUGGCUACAGGGUUGAAAGAUUUAGCAGAUUUUCUCCCCGCAUCGUUGGCACCUAUUGUAAGCUACUUCUCGGCUGAAGUGAGUAGAGGUGUCUGGAAGCCGGCUUUCAUGAACGGAAUGGAUUGGCCGAGUCCCGCUGCGAAUCUCUCCAACGUCGAGGAAUAUAUAAAGAAGAUUCUCGCAACAACUGGCGUCGAUAUCCCUAGUCUUGCUCCGGGUGGAAAUUCUCCGGCAACGCUUCCUUUACCAUUAGCCGCCUUUGUAAGUCUAACCAUAACUUACAAAAUCGACAAAGCCUCAGAGAGGUUUCUGAAUCUAGCCGGCCCGGCUCUCGAGUGCCUGGCUGCAGGCUGCCCUUGGCCCUGCAUGCCCAUCGUCGCUUCCCUAUGGACCCAGAAGGCGAAACGGUGGUUCGACUUCCUCGUCUUCUCGGCAUCUCGAACCGUCUUUCUUCACAACCAAGACGCCGUGGUUCAGCUCCUUAGGAACUGCUUCAGCGCCACUCUCGGCUUGAACGCUACUCCGAUGUCACAUGACGGCGGAGUCGGAGCUCUCCUUGGCCAUGGAUUCGGCUCUCAUUUCUACGGCGGGAUUUCCCCUGUAGCCCCCGGGAUCCUUUAUCUCCGUAUGUACCGUUCCCUGAGAGAUACCGUCUUCGUCUCGGAAGAGAUUCUCUCUCUUUUGAUACAUUCCGUAACCGAGAUAGCCCGAAACGGGCUCUCGAUGGAGAAGCUUGAGAAGCUCAAGACAGUCAAGAACGGGAUAAGGUACAAGCAAACCUCGCUUGCAACGGCGAUGACUCGGGUAAAACUCGCGGCUUCGCUCAGUGCUUCGCUGGUAUGGCUAACCGGCGGGUUGGCCGUGGUCCAUCUACUCAUCAAAGAAACCAUCCCGUCUUGGUUUCUAUCCGUCCACAAGUCGAACCACGAGCCAGGAUCAUGCAGUCUAAUCGCGGAGCUAAGAGGGCACGCUCUCGCAUACUUCACCGUCUUAUGCGGAGCGUUUGCAUGGGGCAUGGAUUCGGCGUCUUCAUCUUCGAGAUGGCGCCCGAGAAUCCUCGGGAGCCAUAUGGAGUUCGUAGCGAGCGUCUUGGACGGGAAGAUAUCCGUCGGGAGCGAGGAAGAGACGUGGAAAACGUACGUUUCGGGGAUGGCGAGCCUGAUGGCGAGCUGUUUCCCGCACUGGGUGUCGGAAAUGGACGUGGAAGUGGUGAAGAGCUUAAGCGACGGGCUGCGGAAAUGGGAGAAAGAGGAGCUCGGGGUGGCCUUGCUCGCCAUGGGAGGCCUCCGAUCUAUGGGCGCUGCUGCUGAGUUCGUCCUUCAUCUUUGAUCUGCCCGACUUCCACAGGUUUGGUUUUUUUGAUCUUCAGACAUAAUCUUAGGAUCUUUUUUUUCUUUUCCUGGUUUAGUUUUUGGUCUGAAACAGAAAGUUGCAGAGGUUGGUUACUACUUCAGAAGGAUAAAGCUUUGUCUUUUGUGUAUUGUUACUUGUUCGUUUAGAUGUAGGGUGAUGAAGAGGGCGUUGUAUCAUGUAUAUUUGUAAAGGAAAUGAUUUCUAUUUGUAAUAUUAUAUGGUAUGGUUAGAUUUUUAA